CUUUUCUAUUUUUUCGAAUAAUAUAUUUAACAUAUAAAAAAAAAAAGAAGAAAAAAAACUGCAAACAUGCCUGAGAUGAAAGGCAACGCGAAUUCUCUAAAUAAAAAUGGAAAACUUUUACGUAUAAAUCCAGAAACGGAUGGCGACGACAUUGUCAUUUCGGGAAUGUCUGGAAAAUUUCCCAACUGUCACAACAUUGCUGAAUUUGAAUACAAACUUUACAACAAGGUGGACAUGGUAGAUGAUGCAGAACGUCGCUGGCAUCAUUUUCAUCCUGAGAUCCCGAAACGAUGCGGAAAAAUUUAUGAUUUGGAAAAAUUCGAUGCGACUUUCUUUGGAGUACAUUUUAAGCAAAGUCAUACAAUGGAUCCUCAAGCACGAAUAUUAGUUGAGACUGCUUAUGAAGCAAUUAUGGACGCCGGCAUAAAUCCAAAGAGCUUACGUGGGACUAAAACGGGAGUUUAUGUAGGGUCUUCAAUCUCUGAAUCGGAGAAAACUUGGAUGUACGAUAAAGUCUCACCCGGCGGUUUGAGUAUGACUGGCUGUAGCCGUGCUCUGUUGGCAAACCGUAUUUCAUACAGUUUGGGUUUACAAGGGCCCUCAUAUUUAUUAGAUACAGCUUGCUCUAGUUCAAUGUACGCUUUAGACAAUGCUUUCACCGCGUUUCGUGUCGGUGAAAUAGACGCAGCGAUUAUUGCGGGCGCAAACUUAUGCUUACAUCCUAUUGUCACUUUGCAAUUUGUUCGACUUGGCGUACUGGCUAGUGAUGGUUAUGGAAAACCUUUUGAUAAGACUGCAUCAGGUUUUACUCGAUCUGAAGCUAUUAACUGCUUAUUCUUGCAACGAAAACGUGAUGCUAAACGCGUGUAUGCCAGUGUAGUUUACUCGAAAACCAAUUGUGAUGGCUACAAAUCCGAGGGAAUUACUUAUCCUUCCGGAGAAUUGCAGGAGAAAUUGCUGAGGGAAUUUUAUGAUGAAAUUGAUGUGCGUGCAGAUGAUUUAGGUUACUUGGAGGCUCACAGUACUGGCACGAUAGUCGGUGAUCCAGAAGAAUGCAAAGCCAUUGACAACGUCCUUUGUAGUCAACGCUCCACACCGUUGUUGGUAGGUUCUGUUAAGUCAAAUGCAGGCCAUGCUGAACCGGCUUCGGGUAUAUGUUCACUGGUUAAAGUUUGCUUUGCUUUUGAAACAGGAAAAAUUGCACCUAAUAUUAACUUGAAGGAGCUAAAAUCAGAAAUUUCUGCUUUAGACGAAGGACGCCUAAUAGUUGUCAAGGAUGUAAUGAAUUUAGAAAAACCGUAUAUUGGCGUCAGCUCAUUUGGCUUCGGAGGCGCCAAUGCUCAUGCGUUGUUAAAGGCUUUUGAUAAAACCAAAUUAAACCAUGGAGUGCCCGAUGACGACAUUCCCCGUUUAAUUACUUGGGCUGGACGGACUGAAGAAUCAGUUAAUGUAAUUUUAGAUUCAAUUGAAGACAAGCCUCUGGACGCGGAAUUUAUUGGUCUACUACACAACAUACAAGGCGAAGAUGUGACAGGAUUGGUGUUUCGAGGCUAUGGAGUUUUCGCUAAAAAUGGAAAUACAUCCGCCAAAUCCCUUGUUAGAGAUGUUCAUCAUUACUCUGGAAUUAAAAGACCAAUUGUAUGGGUAUUCAGUGGGAUGGGAUCUCAAUGGACAGAAAUGGGAUCAUCCUUAAUGGUUAUACCUCAGUUUCGAAAAUCUAUUGAACGCUGUCAUAAGGCAUUGGCAUCAAAAGGACUCAAUUUGAUAAAAAUUCUCACUUCAUCAGAAGCAACAAUUUUUGACAAUAUUUUGCAUUGUUUCGUGGGUAUUGCUGCCGUACAAAUUGCCCUUGUGGACGUUUUGCGAUCUUUGAAUAUGGAGCCUGACUAUAUCAUAGGUCAUUCAGCAGGCGAAAUGGCAUGCGGUUAUGCUGACGAUGGAUUUACAGCAGAACAAAUGAUUUUGGCCUCGUAUUAUCGCGGCAAAAUAAGUCUAGAAAUAGAAAAAAUUAAAGGUUCGAUGGCUGCUAUUGGUAUAGGUUAUAAGAAAAUUGUUAAUAUGUUACCUGAUAAAAUUGAGGUUGCAUGCCACAAUAGCGCCGAUUCAUGUACUAUAUCCGGGCCUAGUGAAGACGUCGAAAAGUUUGUAAAUGAACUUAAAUCCAGGGGUAUAUUCGCUAAAGAAGUCGCAUGUUCCAAUAUUGCCUACCAUUCACGUUAUAUCGCACACAUGAAGCCAUAUCUAUUGAAAUAUUUAAGAAAGAUUAUUCCUAAUCCGAAACCUCGAUCAUCCAAGUGGAUUAGCUCUAGCGUACCGGAAAGUGACUGGCACCAAGAUGGGCGUAAUUUGUGCUCAGCGGAAUAUCAUACCAAUAAUUUGCUGAACAGCGUACUCUUUGAGGAAUCGUUUGCGCUUCUUCCGAACAAUGCUCUGACUAUCGAAAUCGCUCCUCACGGUUUACUACAAGCUAUAUUGAAGCGAUCAAUGCCAAAUGGAGUUCAUAUUCCUUUAACGCAACGCGGAAAUAAUAACAACGACGUUUUUCUUCUUUCAGCGCUUGGAAAACUAUUUACGAACGGUUUGAACUUUCCUAUCGAGAAUCUAUAUCCCAAAAUCGAAUUUCCGGUUUCACGAGGCACUGCUGGCAUUAGUUCCUUAAUACGAUGGGACCAUAGCGAAGAUUGGUUCGUUAUGAAGUAUGAAAACACGAAAACCAAAUCCAAAGGUGAGCGUUCCUACACCGUGAGUUUGGAUGGUGAUGAUGGGGACUUUUUGGCCGGCCAUGUUAUUGAUGGUAAAGUUCUCAUACCGGCCAUAUGUUACCUACGCUACGUGUGGGAAACUUUCUCACUCAUGUAUCAUGGUCCAAGUUAUAUGGACGUGCCAGUUGAGUUCGAAGAAGUCAAAUUUUUAAGAGCUACUACCAUAACACCAAGCAAUAGUAUAGAGUUAAAUAUAAUGAUUCAAUAUGGCACGGGCUAUUUCGAGAUAACAGAAUCCGGGGCUUUGGUAGUUGCUGGAUGGAUAAAGGAAGUUGAACGGCCUUCUCCGCCGGAAGUGUACGAAUUCACCGAGGAAUCGAUUUUCUCUACCCUUUGCCAGAAAGACUUUUAUAAAGAGUUGAGAUUACGCGGUUAUCAUUACACCGGUAAUUUUAGGGCGGUAAGAGAAGCUCGGAGUGAUGGUCUUCAUGGCAAAGUAGAAUGGAAUUACAAUUGGGUCACCUUUAUCGAUGCAAUGCUGCAAAUUCAAAUCUUAGGUACGGAUUCGCGCACCUUGCUGCUGCCAACAAAAAUAAGAAAAUUAAGCAUUUAUGGUUUCCAUCAUAUGGAUUUGUUGACUACAAUGGAAUCGGGGAAUCACGUGUUUCCAGUGUAUAUGGAUCGUAAGUACAACAGAAUUGUCUCGGGAGGUGUUGAAAUAGUUGGUCUUCACACCAGUCCCGUUCAACGCCGCAAAUCGCCAGGAGUACCCGUUUUAGAAAGGUAUCAGUUUGUUUCACACCUCCCCACGCCUGCGUUCAACAUUCAGAAUGCAAUUCGGAUCUGCGUGCAAUUAGUUUUGGAAAACUGUACAAUUUCACAAAUAAAAAUAGUUGAAGUAGACACUGAUGGUCGCUUUCCAAUAAUUGAAAACUUCGUAGCGGCCAUCGAAGACCUGCCUGUCGUCACUGGUGAUUACAUAUUUCUAUCAAACCAAGUACUAGAAGAUAUCCCCAAACUCGUGAAUGUGGAAGAUGAAAAAUUAUUUACUCAAAAAAAUUGUCACAUCAUAAUAAUAGGGGGGCUAUGCGGUGAGUUGAAUGAGUUAUCACUUGCCCAAGUUCCUAAAUGUUUGGUGGAAAGAGGUUACUUGCUUGUGCGUAGUAAUAAUUCGCUCAGUAUUAGCGACUUGAAAAUCCUCAAUAAUUUUAAAAUGAUUGCCCAAUUGCCUGUUGACAAUACUAGCGAAGUUAUUCUGUUGCUACAAUAUAUGGGUACGAAGGCACCCUCACUGGAACCGAUUGCAGUUGAAGUUAGUGACUGUGAUAAGGAAUUCAUGUGGAUUACUCAAGUCCAACAAUCUAUAAAUAAUAAGACUCCAACAAUUGUCUACGCACACAAUGAAAAACUAAACGGUUUAAUUGGUUUAGUAAAUUGUCUACGUAAGGAGGCAGAUGGUCACUUGAUUACUUGUUUUUUUAUAAAUGAUAAAAGUGCGCCAGCAUUCAACAUUAAUGAACCCUUCUAUGCCAAGCAAUAUGCCCUCGGACUAGCCGUCAAUGUUUAUCAAAACGGCAAAUGGGGUUCCUAUCGACACCUUCUGCUCAGGUUAGAGGACAAAAUUGCGCCAAGAAAGGAUCACGUUUAUGGUAAUGUUUUGCAAAGAGGAGAUCUUUCAUCAUUGCGUUGGAUCGAGGGUCCAUUUAACCCUAAGACUUGCGAUAUAAAAAUUGCUUAUUCAUCUUUAAAUUUUCGUGACAUAAUGCUUGCUACUGGGCGCCUAGCCGUAGAACUGUUUGGCGACAGUCGUUUAGAUCAAAAUUGCGUCUUGGGCUUGGAGUAUUCCGGUAUACAUACCAAGACCGGUCGUCGAGUAAUGAGUAUGGUGGCAAAGGGAGGAGUGGGAUCGUAUGUCGAAAACGCAUCCGGACUUAUUUGGGACGUACCAAACAAUUGGUCUUUGAAAGAUGCUGCCACUGUUCCCGUAGUUUAUAUAACCGUAUACUAUGCGUUUUUCAUAGUUUCUGAUAUACGUAAGGGAAAAAGUAUUUUAAUCCACGCUGGCACAGGGGGUAUAGGUCUUGCAGCCAUACGAGUUGCGUUAGCUUAUAAUCUGGAGGUUUUUACUACCUGCAGCACUUCUCAAAAGAAGCAGUUUCUGCUGGACACUUUUCCGCAACUUAAAGAGAGUCACAUUGGGAAUUCCCGAGAUACUUCAUUUGAACGUAUGAUUAUACGAGAAACUGAAGGCAAAGGCGUCGAUUUUGUUUUGAAUUCGCUCUCAGAAGAUAAAUUGUUGGCUUCCGUACGCUGCUUGGGAUUCAGAGGAAAUUUCCUUGAGAUUGGAAAAUUUGACAUGGCAAACGACACCAAACUUGGGAUGAGUUGUUUCCUUAAAGAAAUCAAGUUUAAUGCAGUUUUAGCCGAUAGAUUGUUAACCGCUCCUGAGGAAGAAAUUGCGCACCUAAAAGCACUCAUUGAUAAUGAUAUUGCCAAUGGGAUUAUACAACCCUUACCUGCGACGGUUUUCCAAGCUCACGAAAUUGAGCAGGCGUUUCGACAUAUGGUAGGAGGAAAACAUAUGGGCAAGGUAGUUAUUCAAGUGCGGGAGGAUCCAGAAGCUGAGUUCACCAUGCCAGUAAAAGUGGUGAAGCAAGUGUACUUCGAUCCAAAUUUGAGUUUUGUUAUUCCUGGCGGCUUAGGCGGUUUCGGAUUGGAGUUAGCUGACUGGAUGGCUUUAAGAGGCGCAAGAAAACUUAUUCUUAGCUCCAGUAGAGGGCUUAUGAAUGAUUAUCAGCGCUACAGAAUAGCGUUAUGGAAGACAUACGGUUGCGAAGUCUUCAUAAGCACAAGUAACAUUUGUACCUAUGAAGGAUGUCGCAACCUGCUUAAGGAAGCAAAUAAUAUAGCUCCAAUCGGUGGAAUUUUCAACUUGGCCGUUACAUUGCAAGAUGCCAUAUUCCUUAACCAGACGAAAGAAAAGUUUGUGAAAAGUUUUGAACCGAAAGCGAUAGCAACAAAAUACUUAGACGAAUUAUCCCGUGUUAUGUGUCCCAGAUUGGAGCAUUUUGUAGUCUUCUCAAGUUUUUCGUGUGGUAGGGGCAACGCAGGACAGACCAAUUAUGGAAUGGCAAACUCAGUAAUGGAAAGGAUCAUUGAAGAUCGGGUUCAGAGCGGCUUUCCUGCUAAAGCUAUACAGUGGGGAGCAGUAGGUGAAGUGGGUUUGAUAGCUAAUAUGGUCGAAGAUAAAAUAGAUUUAGAUAUCGGCGGCACCUUACAACAGCGUAUUUCGUCCUGUCUUCAAGAAUUGGAUACGUUGCUUAGUGCCCCAGACGCCAUUGUGGCAAGCAUGGUGGUCGCAGAGAAGCAAUUGGGUACUUCUGGAAGUGAAAAUAUUAUCGAAACCAUUAUGAACAUUUUAGGAGCACGAGACCUUAAAUCUCUUUCCUUAGGCACGACACUCUCAGAAAUGGGCAUGGAUUCAUUGAUGGCUGUAGAAAUACAGCAAACUUUGGAACGCAAUUUUGAGUUGUCUUUGACACCACACGAGUUGCGUGAACUGACAUUCCAGAAAUUGCUAGAGUAUGAUGAAGCAAGGGAAUUUAGGAGAAAUGGAACCGACAAGGUUAUAUUCGACUCAGAGGGCCCUGUACAAGGUAUCGAAUUAUUAUUGCGCAACUUGGGUGAUGAAAGUCGGUGCAAUGAGGUGAUAAUUGAAUUGCAUUCUGCUCGAGACGCGUUACAACAUGUGACGUCACCAACUAUUAUUAUACCCGGAAUAGAAGGAACCGCAGGUCAAGUGUGGUAUAAAAUAGCCAAGAAUAUCAAUAGCAACGUGAACAUGUUGCAGUUUCAUCGUUUUGCUGAAUUGACUUCAGUAAAAGAAAUAGCUAAGGCAUGCCUCGAAGAUGUAAAAGCAGUUUUAAAAGGCAAUCGCCAGUUUUAUAUCGUUGCGUAUUCUUAUGGUAGCUUCAUUGCCCUGGAAUUGGUUUCGAUGUUAGAGAAGGCUGGCUUUCACGGUCAAUUAUUAUUAAUUGAUGGAGCCCCUCACUUCUUGGUCAAGCACAUCCGGUUGCUUCUCGGUGAGCAUUCCACCGAUAACGAUAUUUACAACUUGUUGCUGUGCGCUUUCGUGCAGAUGAUAUUCCCUGAAGACGUAAAAGAAGUGAUCGGUCAAAAAUUCAAUCUCCUUCCAACUAUUGAGCAGAAAAUGGAAAAAUUCGGUGAACAUAUAGAAAAACAAAGUCUAUAUAGCUGCGAUUAUUUGAUAGGCAUGAUACAUGCUAUGUUUAGACGCAUAUGCUCAGUUAUCAGUUAUAAUCUCAAAAACUUUAAGUCACUAAACACACCGAUUACUCUCGUUCGACCCACCGAAAUUGCGCUUCAAGAUAUUGAUGAGGAUUAUAAUCUACAUGAAAUCACUAAAGGCGCUGUAAUAGUUGAAAAGAUUGAAGGCAACCAUACCACUAUGUUGGAUAAUCCUCACCUAUACAAUUUAAUUAAUAAUUGCAAUCCUUCCUUAAAGGAGUCUAAGGAUUUUGAAAAAACUCCAAAACAAUAAUAAUAAAAAAUAUAUUAUAAUGUUAUAAAAUAUGAGCAUGUAGAUGUGAAAUUAAUUUUUAGUUCAGCCCAGUCAAGGUUCGCAAACGAUGACACCGCCUACGUGAAUUACUAGCCUUUCUAAAUUAAUUUCAAUUGACGACAGAAUAGAACAAAAUAAGAAUUAAUCAUUGUUUAAAUAAUAUU